AUGGAGGUCGCCGGAGACUGGGUUCCCAAGAACCCCCCGGCUACCCCCAUGCCUGUCUUGGAGAUCAACCUCAUCUCUGCCCAGGACCUCAAAGUCCCUUCCAACCCUUUCAACCCCAAACACACCUACGCCGUCGCCUGGAUUCACCCUUCCCACCGCCUCCGUACUCGUCUCGACACCAUCGGCGGCGAAAACCCCACCUGGAACGACAAGUUCCUCUUCCGUGUCUCCCCUGAGUUUCUUGCCCGCGAAACCUCCGGUGUCUCCAUCGAGAUUUACUCCCUCGGCCGUUUCUGCGAUACUCUCGUCGGUACGGUCCGCUUCCUGAUCGGUAACGUCGUCGCCUCUAACGACUGUUCCGCUACCCCUGCUUUCACCGCCGUACAGGUUCGUCGUCCUUCUGGAAGAUUCCAUGGGGUUUUAAACAUUGGGGUUAUGGUUAAUGGGAACUCUGAUUUCGCUUCCUUGAAUGGGGUUUCUGCCAUUGGUUACCGCGAUUUGAUGGGGGAAAGUUUGAAUCGGCGACGGAGGACGAGAUCCAAGGUUUGGGGUUCUGAAACUUCACUUGAAUCUCAUGAUCCAGAAUCGUCGGAAAUUUCGGAUGGUAGUGAAUCUUCGAGUUCCUCUGCUUGUUCUCCGUCGGGGAAACCGAAUGUGCUUAGGGAUUUGAACGCGAUUAGGAAUUUGGGGGGAACGAAAACCCUAAAACCAUCAAAGAGUUCAGGGUUCUUGUGCGGUUUGGUGAUGCAGAAGAAGACGACGACAACGACGACGUCCGACCUCCGUGGAUCGCAGAAGAGCUUCAAGGUUACUACGGGAACGCCGGACAUGGAAAGGUAA